UGUAUUAAUCGUCAGACAACUCAGAUCACACAGUAUCUCGCGAAGGCGGGCUACACGACGUCGUGGAAGAUCGGCUGUACGCAGCCAAGACGUGUCGCCGCCAUGUCUGUCGCCAAACGAGUCUCAGAGGAAUUUGGUUGUCAACUGGGAGAGGAGGUUGGCUACACGAUUCGUUUUGAGGACUGUAUGAGUCCAAAGACUAAGAUUAAAUACAUGACAGACGGUAUGAUGCUAAGGGAAUGCCUUAUUGAUGGUGAUCUAACUCAGUACAGCAUUAUAAUGUUUGACGAAGCUCAUGAGAGGACCAUACACACAGAUGUCUUGUUUGGUCUACUGAAGGCAGCCGUACAGAAGAGACCAGAACUGAAGCUCAUCGUCACCUCGGCCACUCUGGACGCUGUCAAAUUCUCACAGUACUUCUUUGAAGUGCCUAUUUUCACCAUUCCCGGAAGGACCUACCCUGUGGAAGUUCUGUACACGAAAGAGGCGGAGUCCGACUAUCUAGAUGCCUCCAUGAUAACAGUGAUGCAGAUCGUCCUGAUGGAACCACUAGUGAUGCAGAUCCACCUGUUGGAACCACCAGUGAUGCAGAUCCACCUGUUGGAACCACGAGUGAUGCAGAUCCACCUGUUGGAACCGCCAGUGAUGCAGAUCCACCUGUUGGAACCACCAGAGAUGCAGAUCCACCUGUUGGAAGUGCCAGAGAAUUAA